ACAAGUUUAAAUGCCCUGCCUGCCUGUUCUGAAAGGUAAUGCACAAUUAGCUCACUUUGAGCACUUCACUAGCAGCUGAAUACUCUGCCUUGCUGAAGGGUUUUCUGUUGGAGCUGGCCCGAUCUGCACCAUGCCUGAGGCCAUGCCUCAUGAGCCAACCUACACCAACUUCCACAUGCUCCGUGGCCACAGGGAGGACGAGACCAUCUACAACAACUGUGAUGUCCACCGGGAAAACAGCAGGCGAGCGAGAGGAUUCCAAGGCUGUGGCAGGGAGAUUUCAUGUGGAGAAUGGACCAUUAUUUUGGGAAAAUCUUGUUUCCUCUUCGUGGUAUUGGGCAUCUCUUUUCUCGUGAUGUUCGUCCUGCUCCUGGCUUGCAUUUCAAAAAUCUCAAUGUUGCCAGAUGGAGUGGAUAAGAUGGAGGAGAAAAUCAUGUCUGCACUCCACAAAAUUCAAAAUAAUAGCGCAGUGUCAGAUGAAGUGAAACAGAUGGCGGAAGAAAUGAUGUCUGAACUCAACAAAAUUCAAAACAAUAUCUCAAUGUUACUAGAUCGAGUGAAACAGAAGGAGAAGAAAAUCAUGUCUGAGCUUGAAAAUAUUCAAAAGCAAAGUAUCUUUAUCGGGCAAUGUCCUGAGAAAUGGAGUUUGAGGAAUGGAGUAUGUUUUCACUUUGUACUAAAUCUGUCUGACCUGAACAAAACGGAGAAAUUCAACAAUGGGACGCAGUGGGCAGAGGCCCAUUUUGAAAUCCAACAUGAGUUGCCAUCGGUUAACAACACAGCCACACAAGGGCUUUGAAUCUUCCUGGAGCUUUCCAAACUUGUGUGAGUCCAAACCAGACUGGGCAGAAUCAAAUCCAAAUGUCCUUGAGGCAUCUUCAUUGCUGCUGCGUCACCUGUUUCUCAGCAUGGACCAUGUAACCCUUUGACCUGAUGAUUCCUCUGUGCUUAAUGACCGCUGAGUAGCGAAGGAUCCAAUGUGGCACCCAUUCAUUGUCAGGAGGGUCCUGCAGGCUGGCACACAAGGCUUCUUGGAAAGAUCCCACCGGAAGCAUAUCUGGACGGAUAAGGCUCACUUCUGUAAAUCUACAGUCUCGGCUAAAGAUCUACAUUUCCCCAACAUCCCCCUCUCCCCACCCCAAAGACUUCACGUCUGGCUUUUUUUGGGGGGGGAAUGAUUGAUCACGUUGAUUUCUGCAAAUAUGACAGUGCAGUCAGAUCUGGAGGGAAAUUCCUGAGCAAGCAGGCCCAGAAUUCCACUGGCAAUGCUCCAGGAUUGACAGGAAAGUCUCCGGGAAUGGAAGAAUCACCUGCGCUGACAACAGCAACAUAGAAGAGAAGGCUGCAAGGCACUGGAGAUGAUUCGUACAGGGCUAUUGUUACGCUGCCUCUCUCUAUCUCUCUCUCUCUCUCCCCACAGGUUCCACCAAGCCUGCCGAGAUUUCCCAGCAGUUUCCUUGUUUGUUUCAGAUUUCCUGCGUACGCCGUAUUUUUCUUUGAUU